CAGCUACAACCACCUCUUUUCCAUAUCUCUUCUCUUUCUGUAAUCACUGAUUACAUGGUCCAUUUGUUCCCUCCCUCUGUAUCUUCUUAUCUACUUCUUACUUUCUAAUAAAUAGCGAAAGGCUGCUUUCAUGCACAACUGUACCUAGCAUCCAUAGCCACAUAUGUAAAAUGCAAUCUUAUUUAGAAUCUAGCUACUAGCUCCACGAACUCUCUCUCCUUCGAACUUAUAGUACGUGCCUAUUGUUAAUUUUAAGGUGAAGUCAAGAAGAACAAUCAAAUAAGAGCUGCGGCAUUCAGUAGUAAGAUCAAGAAGAUGAGUCAGUGUGUACCUGGCUGGGAUCUUGAUGGUGGUCUCAAGCUCACUUCUCAAUCCAAUUCUAUCUCUUUGGCUCCUCAUGUUCCAACGUCAGAUUACGAAGUGGCCGAGCUGACAUGGGAAAAUGGUCACUUAUCUAUGAACGGUUUAGGGCAACCACGACAGCCUUCUACGACCAAAUACACGUGGGACAAGACAUGCGUUGGCGGAACCCUAGAGUCCAUCGUCGAUCAAGCCACCUUCGUACCCAACCACAAACUGCUCUCAAAUUCCAACACUGAUCUGGUACCAUGGUUCAACAACCACAAAUCGAUGUUGGCCAGUACCAAUAAUACCGCAACCACUAAAGUCACUGCCUCCACUGGCGUAGUGGACGCGCUGGUUCCUUGCGCAAACAUGCGAGAGGGAUCCUCGUUGCUCGCCAUGGACUCGGGUUUUGGCACUCAUGUUGAGUCGUGCAGUGGCGCGACGGUGCCGUUUGAGAAGGUGAGAGGACCGCGUGUAAGGGUGCCGGUAGCAAAUGAGUGGAGUAGCUGCCCUGAUAAUAGUGUAUCGGAGAGUGCCACGUUUUGUAAAGAUAGUAGGCAGGUAACGGCGGAUACCUCGGAGAAGGAAUUUGGGGCGGGAGGGUUCACCUCCACCUCCACCGGUUCCCCGGGGAACACAAGCUCCGGCAAGCAGUGUACUGGCGGCGAAGACCACGACUCGGUUUGUCAUAGCAAACGUCAGAAGGCCACAGUGCAUGAACAAACAAAGAAGAAAGCAAACGGGAAAUCAUCAGUUUCAGCCAAAAGAAGUAGAGCAGCUGCCGUCCACAAUCAAUCUGAACGGAAACGAAGGGACAGGAUUAACCAAAGAAUGAAGACACUGCAGAAGCUUGUUCCAAAUUCUAGUAAGACAGACAAAGCUUCAAUGCUUGAUGAAGUCAUUGACUACUUGAAGCAACUUCAAGCACAAGUGAGCAUGAUGAACAGAAUGAACAUGUCUCCUAUGAUGCUACCAUUUGCCAUGCAACAACAGCUCCAAAUGCAAAUGAUGGCCCCCAUGAUGGGCAUGGGCAUGGGAAUGGGAAUGGGUAUGGGACAUGUGAUGGAUCUGAGCACCGCCAUGGCUUGCCGCUCCAACAUGGCUGGAGUGGCGCCUGCUGUUCUUCAUCCGUCGACGUUCAUCUCCCCCUUAAAUGCAUGGGAAGGGGGGAGAGCAGAUCACAGGGUGCACACACAAGCAUCUGUUAUGCAGGAUCCUAUGGCUACAUUUCUUGCUGCAUGUCAAUCUCAGCCCAUGACAAUGGAUGCAUAUAGUCGGAUGGCCGCGUUAUAUCAGCAGCUGCACCAAAAUCCUGGUCCAAGGAGCUAAGAACUUAUAAGCUUACAUAUAUGUAGAUAUGUACUUUUGUUUUUGCUUUCUGAGCUUUAUUCCCAGCUUCUUGGUUUUGAUUUGUGAAUGAAGAACAUAGAUAUACUGUGUUUAUAUAUUUAAUUUACAAGGAUCAGCUCAUUAACAGAA